AUGGGCAGCAAGACUCAUUGUGCCCAGGAGGGGUACCAUCGUGGUGUGUUCAGUAGGGAGGAGGGGCGAGGCCCCGGCUGGGGCAGUAGAACUGCAGGGGUUGGGGGAGUCGGGGCCAUCAGGGGAGUAAAGCUCUUUGAAGUCAUCGAGACGGAAAAGACCUUAUACCUGAUCAUGGAAUAUGCAAGUGGAGGGGAGGUCUUCGACUACCUCGUAGCACACGGAAGAAUGAAGGAGAAGGAGGCCAGGGCUAAAUUUAGACAGAUAGUGUCUGCCGUACAGUAUUGCCAUCAGAAGCGCAUCGUCCACAGAGAUUUGAAGGCGGAGAAUCUACUCCUGGACGCCGACAUGAACAUCAAGAUCGCCGACUUUGGCUUCAGCAACGAGUUCACGGUGGGCAACAAGCUGGACACGUUCUGCGGCUCGCCGCCCUACGCCGCGCCCGAGCUCUUCCAGGGCAAGAAGUACGACGGGCCAGAGGUGGACGUCUGGAGCCUGGGGGUCAUCCUCUACACACUCGUCAGCGGGUCACUGCCCUUCGACGGACAGAACCUAAAGGAGCUGCGUGAGCGCGUUCUAAGAGGGAAGUAUCGGAUCCCCUUCUACAUGUCCACAGACUGCGAGAACCUCCUCAAGCGUUUCCUGGUGCUCAACCCAGCCAAGCGGGGGACACUUGAGCAAAUCAUGAAGGACCGGUGGAUCAACGCAGGGUGUGAGGAGGAAGAGCUUAAGCCAUUUGUAGAGCCUGAGCUGGACAUCACCGAUCAGAAGAGAAUAGACAUUAUGGUGGGGAUGGGCUACUCGCGGGAGGAGAUCAACGAGUCGCUGACGCGCAUGAAGUACGACGAGAUCACCGCCACUUAUCUGCUGCUAGGCAGGAAGUCCAGCGAGUUGGAGGCCAGUGACUCCAGCUCGAGCAGUAACCUCUCUCUGGCCAAGGCGCGGCCCAACAGCGAGCACAACAACGGCCAGUCGCCAUCGCACCUCAAGGUCCAACGCAGCAUCUCCUCCAAUCAGAAACAGCGGCGCUACAGUGACCAGGCGGGUCCAGCCAUCCCAUCGGUGGGCCACCCCAAGCGCAGCCAGACGGUGGCUGACAGCGACCUGAAGGAGGAGGCGGCGUCGGCCGCUCAGCCCCGCAAGUCCAGCUCCUCGGGCAGCCGCGGCAUGGCCCCACCCAGUCCACUCCUGGGCAGUGCCAACAACCCCAACAAGGCCGACAUUCCCGACCGCAAGAAGGGCACUGCCGCCCCUGGCAGUACGGUGUCCAGUGGUAUGACCCGGAGAAACACCUAUGUGUGCAGCGAGCGGAACGCAACCGACAGGCACUCAGUCAUCCAGAACGGCAAGGAGAACAGUACGGCGGUUGCUGGUCAGCGGAGCCACGUGGUCAGCGGUAGUGGCGUUGGCGGCGCGUCCACGCACAGCGUCAGCAGCGGCAGCGCGCCACCCCCGCCGGACCGGCUGCGUUUCCCGCGGGGCACGGCCAGCCGGAGCACCUUCCACGGCGGUCAGCUGCGCGAGCGGCGCACGGCCACCUACAACGGCCCGCCGGCCUCGCCCACGCUGUCGCACGACGCCACCCCGCUCUCUCAGGCGCGCAGCCGCGGCUCCACCAACCUCUUCACCAAGCUCACCUCCAAGCUCACGCGCAGAAAUAUGUCAUUCAGGUUUACCAAAAGAGGGCCAGCAGAGUUUGAGAGGAAUGGGAGAUAUGAGGGUUCAAGUCGCAACGUUUCUGGAGAGACCAAGGAGGACAGCAAGGAUAGCAAGCCCCGCUCGCUGCGCUUCACGUGGAGCAUGAAGACCACCUCGUCCAUGGACCCGGCCGACAUGAUGCGCGAGAUCCGCAAGGUGCUGGACGCCAACAACUGUGACUACGAGCAGCGCGAGCGAUUCCUGCUCCUCUGCGUCCACGGCGACGGCCACGCCGAAAGCCUUGUCCAAUGGGAGAUGGAGGUGUGCAAGCUUCCCCGCCUCUCACUCAACGGCGUGCGCUUCAAACGGAUAUCGGGGACGUCCAUCGCCUUCAAGAACAUCGCCUCCAAAAUCGCCAACGAGUUAAAGCUGUAAAAACCUGGGAAACCCUAAUUGACAAGAGGAGGGGGAGGGGGGAAAAAGAGAAAAAAAAUAACAGUGACGUACGUACAAAAACGAAACAAAACAAUACCAGAGAAAAUGUGAAAAAAAGCGACUAAAGGACUAAAGGCACACAAAAAAACUAGCAUAAUCAAGCUGUACAUUGUUUAUGAACAAACAAAAAUGGUAGCAAAUACUGAAAAUAGCGCUCAAAACACUUACAAAGUAUGUACCAGAAAAUAAUGUAUAGACUUAUGCCUUAGGCAAUAAUUUCCUGCAUCUUUCCAUUGUUGAUGUUAUUAUUAUUAUUAUUAUUGUUAUUAUUAUUAUUAUUAUUAAUAAUAAUUAUUAUUGAUGCGUCCGUUGGUGAUAAAAAAAAGUGAGGAAUUUGUCUGUUGUUUUCUCUUUUUUUUUUUCUUUUUUUUUUAUUGUGCACUGCAUUAGUUGGCCUUUUGGGCCAUAGUCACCCACCGGCCCACUCACUCCAAAACCUCAGCAAAGGAAAAAGUCGCUUCACACAAGAAAACAAAAGCAAAAAAUAAAUAAACAACAAAAAAAAUGUCACAGAAAAAAAAGAGGGGAUUGAAACCAGUGGCUCCACCCGUCCCCACGCUGUCCCCCGCUGGCCUGGUCUCAGGCCCACGACGCCCCCUGUCGGUGGAACCGGCACAUAGCACGGCCCAUGCCACCCUUCUCUCGGCCCAGUAGGAGUUGGUCCAGGCAGGGUAGGACAGAGCCAUAAGUUGCACACACACACACACUCACGCUCACACAUUUUCUUUGAUGUGAACAUAGUCUGUUUUAUUCUUGUUUGUUUUCCGUUUUGUCUGUUUUUGUUUGUUUCAUUUAUGUCUAUGGGUGAUGGUGGUGCUUUCUCAUCUAAAGAACACACCCUAUUUGCACCUUAAUCAGUGCACAAGCAGCCACCUGCUCACACACACACAUACUGUACACACACACACACACACACACACACACACACACACACACACACACACACACACACACUCACUCACUCCUCAUUAGUAACCCUGCUGAGUCACCCCUCAUCACACUUGCCCUGAGCAAUAGAGCUGGUCAGUUCUGGUCAGUCCACAGCCUGCCAAAGGAGCAGUGGCCCCACUCCCAGGACCACGCGGAAUCCGUUCCCAGAGACGAAGCGCUGACCAGGGGAUGAGCAUUCAAAGCCUUUUUUUAGGCUCUGCUGUGCACAUAGUUGGCCUCACAAAACGAGAGGGAGUGGAAGAGCCUCGAUCCAGAAAAGUAGACUGGAAGCGGCGACACACGUCAGAAGAGACUGCUCUCUCACACACACACACACACACAGACAUGCACACACAAGCACGCUCACAGGAACACACUUGCAAACACACAAGCGUUAAAAAUUGGGGACAAUGCUUUUUGCAGUGUCUCAUGACUUUGAGUCUAUACUGAGUUGGUUAAAUAAUAUAAUUAUUAAAGAGAGAGAGAGAGAGAGAGAGAAAGUGAGAGUGGUUAGGAAGAUUUUCCUUCCUUAUGUAUUUUAAUUGUUUUGUUUAUAUUCCUGGACUUUACCAGAAUGCCCUCUGCUAGCUCUUGACCCGGCGAGGUCAGUGGUGUUGGCACAGUAAAGCGUUCAAAGGUCAGAGUUCAAGUCGCCACACAACCAGAUCACCAGUAUUCACUCCAUACCCCUUCGUAUUCUAGCACUGUCAUUUUGUUUUUUUUGUUUAUUUUACUGAUUAUGUUUUGUCUUAUUUCUGGUUGGAAUGUAAAUAAAUAAUGUGUAUUAGUUUGGCGACCACAGCAUCAUGAUGUACUUUUUUUUUGUUUGUUUUUGGUUUUGUUUUGUUUUCUUCCUUUUUUUUAAGUCUGGCUUAUAGCCAGAAACAAACUUAAUGUAACUCAUCACAGGUUAAGGUUAAUCAGUGUCUCCAUUAAAACACUCUAAAAGCA